GAACAGUAAAGACACACGGUAAACCUUCUGCUCACCUGAAAAGUUCCACAGUCUGCAUGUCACACCAUCUGCAUGGCUGUAGUUUAAAAGUCCAGCCAUGAGGUGGCGCUCUUCUGGUCUUCCUGUCCUCCUUCUCUUGUUGCUCACCCUCUCAGCAACAGUGUCAGGAUUCAGGAUCUGCUCCUACAAUGUGCAGAAAUUCAACCUCCAGAAAGCUUCAAACUACAGAGUGAUGCACACUCUGACACGGGUGAUCGCUGGCUGUGAUAUCUGUCUCCUGCAGAACGUGAUAGAUUCAGAGGGUGAAGUCAUUCGGUCUCUGUUGUCGUCCCUCAACAGGGAAACUGACAGGUAUGAUGACAACUACCUCUACAAGUCAGUGUCCAGUAAGGGUCUGGGAAAGUCUGCGGAUGACAUGCAGCAGUAUGUUUUCUUAUACAGGACUCAGACGGUGAAUGUGGUGGCUGAGUAUCAGUACAAGAGCAAACAGUCCUUCCUCAGAGCGCCAUUCAUUGUCCAGUUCCAGGGCAAGCGCACUGCAAUCAAGAAGUUUAUUUUGGUUCCUCUCCACACUGAUCCCACUCACGCCAUCCAGGAGAUCGACCAGCUCUACGAUGUCUUUAAGGAAGUCAGCAAGAAAUGGAACAACACGAAUGUGAUGUUCCUGGGAGACUUCCACGCUGCCUGCGCCUACGUGACCCGAGCCAACAGGAAAAACAUCAGACUGUUCACCAACACAAGCUUCUCCUGGCUGAUUAAAGACAAAGUGGACACCACUGUCAGCGACGACACCAACUGUGCUUAUGACAGGAUUGUUGUAUACGGGGAACCUUUCCUAAAGGCAAUCAGUCCAUCGUCUGCGAAAGUCUACAACAUUGCCAAAGAGUUCAAACUCACAAGAUCCAAGGUGCUGGAGGUGAGCGACCACUUUCCUGUGGAGGUGAAACUGAAGAGCUCCGCCCUUCUCCUUCAGGCCACGCCCCUCCUGAUCCUCCUCGUCCAGUCCUUCCUGUCGGCUCUGUGAGAGCCUGUUCACCUGUUCGUCCACUCUUACCACUGACAGGGAUCGGGGUUCUCCUCACACAGUUCAGAGUCACACAGGUUUUCUUUUAACAGUCAUGUGACCUAGUUACUGGAAACCAGCCUCACAGAAUCAUUUUAAAAGGUCCACAUGUUUAUGGCUUCCUCGGUUCACAGAUUACUUCACUUGAACUGAAAUAAUGAACAAACGAGUCAGUGCUGCAAAUAUUCUGGACACUUGGUGAGUUGUGUCACAGUCUGAUCUCUUCAUCACACAGAGACUUACAGAUGCAGGUCAAAUCAAACAUGUUCAGAUUUAUACUCACAUGUCACGUUUUGUAACAGUUAACUUUAAAUCUUCCUAUUUAGUAUUUGUAAGCAGCAAACAAACAUUUAAUAAAAGGUUUAUCACAGACGAUGAAGCAGCUUUAAGGUCAUUUGAAGUGUUUAUGCAUAUUGUUACAACUGUAUUUUACUAUUAUUAUCUAUUUAUACCGCAGCCUCCAGACGUCCACAGGAGGCAGUGAAUACAUUAAUGAACACUUACAUCUGCUUACAGCUACAUUAUAAUGUGUUAUAAACCAUUUAUUACAUGUUUAUACACCGCUGAAAACUAAAACUGCCAAAUAAUGGGGACUUAAACAAAGUGUUGCUGCGAUUAUUCCGGUUUAUUACAAACUUGGGUUUCAUGUAUGUAUUUUAGUCCACUGGUUGUAUCACUAAUAACAACAAUAGACAAACACAAACCUGCAUCCUCACACCCGUCCACAUCAACUGUGAAAUGUGGUGGACAACUCUGGAGAAAGUUUGUAUGUGGACCUUAAAGAUAUUUUUGUCCAGCUGCUGUUUACAAAGUCAGGAAUUAACUUUCUUGGUCAAUACCCAAGUUUAAAUAAAGCUAAAUUAUCGUUUAACAGUAAUAGUGAUGGUACUUUUAUGAUGUGAAUUAUUUAGAGAGAACAGUCGAGCAGUCAUUCUGGUUCAUGUAUCUGCUAUUGACCCCAGCACCGUCUCUCAGGUGGAGGUUAUUUGCGGUUAUUUUGUGGAGGUUAUAAGUGCCAAGUGGGAAUUGAACCACUAACCCGUGCAUAGAUGGUGCCAGCAGUCCUGCAGCGGAGGACUUAAAGAGUUUUACACUGUACAUCCUGUCACUUAUUGAAUGUAUGUACAUACUAUCUAUAUGACACAUUGUACAACUGUCUUUCUAGCAGGUGAUUCUUCUCAUUUUGACUUUUAGAUGUGAUGUUUCCUGGUUUUCUAUUUUUCCAUCAGCUUCAUGCGUCUGUCUGUUUGACUCUGUACAGAAACUGAUGUAAAUAUUUGGAGUAUGACAAUUAUAAUGUGUUUUUUUAAUUAUUAUUCAGUAAAGUUAUUUUAUGUUGAAAUUAAAUUGCUCAAAAA